GUGGUUAAUAAUUUUACCUUAUUCAACUAGUCUGAAAUCUAAGAACAUGGAGCGAUGACCAAAUACCGUAGUCCUGUAUAUUAUAUCUUGGAAUUAUUACAAUGGGUUCAGAUGUUGUGAAAGUACUAAGGCAAGGAGUAUGGGGAUCUUUAUCUGGAGGAUGGUAUUACGAUCCGAGACAUAGCAAAUUUGCUAAUGUUUUCCAUCUAUAUGCGUGGUUGAUAUUAUUGUGUCUUCCCUUCGUUUUUUACUUGGUUCCGACAUUCCAAGAACCAUGGGCAGUUAUUGUAACAUAUGGUGUUACAAUUUUUGCACUCUUUGCUGGGAUAAAAAUAACAAACUACAGACUCCACUCUAUGUUUGACAAGGGGGAUCCUGUCAAUAAAAAAACUAUUCCAGCAGAUAAUCAAAAUAUUGCUGUUGACCACCUGGUUUCUGAAGAGAAUACAAGUCCAGUGGACUGGGAUCAACCUACAGUUGCCGAUGCUUUUCCAGUAGCUGGAAGCACAGAAGUUCUUGAACGACGGGAAGAGAAUGAAAACAUUGUUGAAGUACACAAGGAAGAUGAUGAUCCAAAUUGCAAAGGUGAUGGGCCAGAAAAACCUGUGACAAAAAGAGAUUUGGAGGUUGAUGUUCACGUGGAUUUAACAAACGUGAAAAUUCAUCCCAAAUCUGCUGCAAAAGAAACUCAAACUGGUCUUCGAAAAAAGAAGCGUCGAGAUCGUCGAAGAGCAAGACCUCAAAAAAGUGUUGCAUUUGUUGAUGGAUCUCUAUCUAGAGAACGAAGACUUAAUAUUGGAAGAUGCGCCAGUCUGUCUUCUGCUUCGAGUGAUAGCGACAACACUGAUGAUGAUGCUCCCUCUACAAACACUGAUUCAUCAGGAGAUACUGAUUCUGAUGAUGCGGAAAGUUCUGAUCCAAAUGGGGAUUUUGAAAAAGAUGGCCAUGCUACUCGACAUCGACAGAGAAGAACCAGAAUGAUCAAACGCCGAGCUGGUAUUAGAGGUCACACCAAACAUCCAUGGUAUAGUAAGUCUCGGCCGAAGACUGCUCUCGGAAAUCAUGAAGAUGACAAAGAUGAACUUGAUUCCGAUACCUCAUCAGCAGGAUCAUCUCAAAGUUCAAUAAGCAUGAGAAGAAAACAUACAUCAGGAGAACGUUCUAAUGAAUCAUCACAACAUAAGAAACUACCUUCAGAUCGAGAAGCUCGAGAAAAGCCUGUCGAUGUUGUUGAAAUUCCUCAAGUUUUACUUGAAAACACAUUGACACAAGAAAACAAGGAUGAAAAUCAGGAGAAAGAUGCACCCACUUCUGAUCAAGAGCUAUUGGCAAGGGAUCCUGUCUGGAGAGCAAGAAGGUCUCAAAGAUACAGUUCAGAUCGAAGGUUACCAUUUUUUCGGCGUCGUUCAUACACUGUGAAUUCCAUAAGAUCCAAUCGAAGAGAUGACAGGCGCCGACUUUCCACAGUUCCUCCAUACAAUGGUCGUCGUAGUUCCCCAUCUAGACGUCCUGGUUCAUCUCUUCAAAAGUUACUCAGUAUGUGGUCUAGGGAUCCUGUUCCUUCGUUAAGCCAAGGUGAUGAUGCACCUUCACCUGGACAAAUAUCCCCAGGACAAAUACCAGUUGUAUUGACAGGACAUUCGGUGGACAAUACUGUGUUUCUUGACACCAAUAAACCAUCUACUAGUGUUAGUUUUUUUCCACCAAACAUUGAAGAUUUACCGUCCGACACUACAAGUGGAAAACUAGAUGUUUCGGAGACCAAUAUUCGUGGUAGAAACAGGUCCGAAAGUGGAUCUCAUAACUCAAAUCCACAUUGUAAUGAAAUGUCUGGGGCAAGCCCAAAAGCUGGUGGAGACUGUGAUAAACCUACAUCAUCUAAAAGUAGUCAGGGAAAGGAACGUAAAACUCGGCCACGAAAACCAAAACGCAGUCACACUUCUUCAAAUCCUCCUGGCCCUACAGGUGAUGCAAGAGCGGAUUUUGAAAGAAUGGACGAACAUUAUCGUGCAUUGUAUGGCAUGACUGCAAGACCUCCGUCUUCUGACCUUCUCGCUACAUCUCACAGAAAAUCUUGCCCUGAAUCUAAUGAAGAUGAUUCAGAAGAUAUGAAUAAAUUUGUUACAAAUUUACUCGGUGCUCAGGCGAGUUGGCAAGGCGCACAGCAAGCAAAUACUUCUUCGAUAGAUCCUGAAACGGGUGCCAAAGAGAUUCCAUUUAAGAGCAAAAUACCUGUCACUUCACUUCAUAUCCAAAACAACAGAGAUGUUUCAGCUAUAGAUGGACCAAGUUUGGACAAGCCUUCAGCAAGUCUUCCUUCUACGUCAUCUCAUUCAAACAGAGCAAGACAUUCAUUGACAACUUUGUCUUUAUCUACAAAUGAUGCUAGCGGACAACGGCAUGCAAGAAAUACAGCUCUGAGAUUUAGUGUGCCACCAGGUAGAACUAGAAGCAACAGCGGUAGAAGAGUUCGUCAUCCAGCUGGAAACAGUGGAUCACAUUCUCGCUUAACAUCAAACACGAGUGAGGAAGGUGUUAUGGCAACGUCGCAACAAAUUUCUGCUAAUAGUUUCACAAGUACUACUGAACUACUGGGGAACAUACAUGAUGACAUUCCACCAGAAGUUGUUGAAAAAUUAGGUGAAACCGAAAAUGAUGCCAGUGCUCAUAUUGCUACAGAACAUGAUGACACAACUGCUGGUGCUACACAUGCUUUUCAAGAUGAGUAUGGUAAUUGGUUAACAUAUACAUUUGGAGAAUCCAGUGGAACAGCUCAUAUGUUGUCAGCUGCAUCAACAAGAAGGACAAGCAGAUCAAGAAAUAGAUUGAUAACUCGUUAUUCACUGCAAAGUGGCGACACUUCUGAUGAGGCAAAAAGUCCUCCCACAUCCAGAAGAGAACAUCGGAAUAGUGGUAACAGUGGUAGAAGAAUUACAUUCCCAAGUAUUACCAGGAGAUUAAACUCAAGGACAGGAAGAAAUGAAUUGUCCAAUUUCUUGGAAGAAUCGGAUUUGAGUGGAAGCUUUACACAAGCUGAAUCUCCUGAGAUAUCUCCCUUGGACUUUAUUCUCAACAGUGCAAUGAUUCCUCCUCGUCGUCCAAUAACGCCAAAAGUGAAACUUUACUACAAAUUUAAUUUUCUUCCCUGUAAAUCUAUAAUUCUUCAAUAUGAUAGACUUGCUCUUCAUGAUUUAUUGGACAGGAACCGUCAUCUGUUUGAAAAUAUCUUCUCUGUUCUUCUCGCUAUUAUUGUUGCCAUACUUGGAUUUAUUCUUUUGCAAAGAGGUUUCUUUUUUGAUUUCUGGCUAUUGUGGUUUUGUGCUGUCAUAGCAACUGCUCAGUAUUCUCUCAUCAGGAGUGUUCAACCUGAUUCUGCGUCACCUACUCACGGACAUAAUCGGACAAUCGCAUACAGUCGUCCAAUCUAUUUCUGUAUUCUGGCUCUUCUUAUUUUAUUGUUUGAUUAUUUGGUGACGAAUCCAGCUUAUCAACCAGACACAUAUCUGUAUGCAAACAUGAGAUUUACGAAAGAAAGCUGUAUUCUUGCAAGAAGUAUUUUAAUUUUUUUGAUAAUGACCUUGCCUUUCAUUUCUCUUUUGGGUUUAUUACCUCAAAUGAAUACAUUUAUAAUGUAUCUUGCGGAACAAAUUGAUAUUCAUAUGUUUGGUGGUACAGCAUGUACUGGAUUGCUGACUGCAUUGUACAGUCUGUUACGAAGUUUUAUAGCUUGUUGUUUAUUAUUUGGGUUUUGUUAUGGAGGAAUGAAAACUGAGGAAAAAAGUCAACAUAUUUUGUUUUCUGUGUUUUGUGGGUUGUUGAUUUCAUUCUCUUAUCAUUUGAGUCGUCAAACAAAUAACCCUUUGCAUUUAUGGAAAAUUAUCAAAUCCAAGUUCUUGUCAAAAGAAGAUGAUGCAAACAAAUCAAAUGCUGCUGCAGAAAGUGCAGAUAAAAAAGACAUAAUGGAAAAUCCCGAUGAAAUUAGUUCAAUAUAUGUUCAAACUGCAUUGUGUGAACGUCUUCAGUCAGACCUGUUUGUCUGUCCAUUAAUUGCAAUAUUUUUGUUUGCAAUACAUUGCAGUACAGCGUUUACUGAAUUACAGCCCUCAUUGAGUCUUGUUUUGUAUAUAAUUGCCGGUGUUUUGGGAUUAUUUGUUCAUUAUAUUCUACCUCAAUUACGCAAACAACUGCCAUGGCUGCUGUUUUCCUGUCCAAUAUUGAAGGCAAAAGAAUAUGGUUUAUUUGAGGUUCAAGAAGAAGCGCAAGUGAUGGGGUUUGAAAAAGUUUACGUUGUUUCAUGUUUCAUUGAAAGAAACAUUAUAUACCCGCUUGUUAUUAUGAAUGAAUUAACACGAGAUGCUCCGUCUGUUAUAAAGUUAUAUGGUCUGGUACUCGGGUGCAUUUUACUGACGGUCAUCGGCCUUAAACUUCUUCGAAGUUCAUAUAAUGUCACAUUACUUCAGUAUGCUGCGCUCACGUUUUCUGUUCUUUUUACCGAAUAUGAUGCCAGAAAACUACAAGAUUCAACAUUAGUGACAUAUUUUCUAGUCAGCAUAUUUAUAGUAAAGUUGCAAGACAUGCUUUUGAAACUACAAUUUAUUUACGUGUAUAUUGCUCCAUGGCAAAUCACAUGGGGUUCAGCAUUUCAUGCAUUUGCGCAGCCAUUCUCAGUGCCACACAGUGGUAUGUUGCUACUUCAUACUCUUGUAUCAUCUAUACUACAUGCUCCUCUUGCACCAUUUCUUGGGAGCGCAGUAUUUUUGACUUCUUACGUGAGGCCGCUGAAAUUUUGGGAAAGAAAUUAUAAUACUAAGAGAGUGGAUCAUUCUAACACGAGAUUAGCAGCUCAGAUAGACAGGGGACCAUCAUCAGAUGAUAAUAACCUCAAUUCAAUAUUUUAUGAACAUUUGACUCUUUCGUUACAAAAAAGCUUGUGUGGUGAUAUAGCAAUGGGAAGAUGGGGCAACGUCUAUCCUGGUGAUUGUUUCAUUAUGGCAUCGGAUUAUUUGAAUGCACUUGUUCAUAUUAUACAGAGAGGAAAUGGUGUUAUCACGUUUCAAUUACGUGGAUUGGAAUUCAGUGGUACAUAUUGCCAACAAAGAGAGGUUGAAGCAAUUUCUGAAGGUGUUGAUGAUAAUUCUGGAUUAUGUUGUUGUAGACCCGGUCAUGCUAAAAAUAUGCUUUCUUUCAAUGCUGCUUUCAGUCAGAGGUGGCUGGCUUGGCAGGUUCAGACUACAAAAUUUAUUCUGGAUGGUUAUAGUAUAACAGACAACAGUGCAACAAGUAUGUUGGGAGUUUAUGAUUUGAGAAAAAUACUCCUGUCUUCAAUGGUCAAGGGCGUUGUCUAUUUUCUGAUAUCUCACAAAUCACUGGAAAAAUGGUUGAACGAUGAAGCGAUACUCGAUGCAAUAAAAUUAUACGAAGUUCCAGAUUACGUUGAUAUUGACCCAAGUUUUUCUGUUACGAUUCAUGAUGAUUACGACAUGUGGUUGUCUGGAAUAUCCCGAACUAAGUUUCAAGCAGUUUAUGGAGAAUGGAUUAAAUAUUGUGCAUCCAAGUGUGAAAAGCCCGUUGAGGCAGAUGCUGAAUCAAAACUUGUUACAUUAUGUUUCAUGAUUUCUGUUUUGAGUCGACGUGCACUUGGCACUGCAUCAAGUCAUCUAACGGCGAGCCAUGUUGUUUUGGAGUCAUUUUUGUAUGGAUUGCAUUCGUUAUUCAAAGGAGAUUUUCGUAUCACGUCUUCUAAAGAUGAAUGGGUUUUUAUUGAUAUGGAUCUACUUCAUCAUGUUGUUGCACCCGGGGUCAGAAUGUCGUUGAAAUUACAUCAAGAUCAUUUUCAAAAUUUGGAUGAUGAAAACAAUUUUGAGGCAUUGCAUGAAGUGAUAACAGAAAAUAUCAAAGAUAUGGUUAUAACACAUGAAGCUGAUCCACAAUGGAGAAGAGCGGUUUUAUCAAACAGACCUUCAUUGCUAGCCCUGAGGCAUGUUGCUGGAGAUGCAGUUGAUUCGUAUUUUGUCAUCACAUUGAAACGUAGAUCUCAAGGCUUCAGGGUAGUUCGUGUGAAUAAAGAAUGUGUUAAAGGUUUGUGGGCGGGACAACAACAAGAACUAGUUUUCCUGAGAAAUAGCAACCCCGAACGAGGAAGUAUACAAAAUGCUAAACAAGUUUUAAGGAAUAUGAUCAACUCAUCAUGUGAUCAACCUAUAGGUUAUCCAAUUUAUGUAUCACCCGUGACAACAUCUUUCUCGAAUACUCACGAUCAAUAUAAAAAAAUAGUUGGAGGAUCCAUGAGUUUACAGACUAUAAGAUCAUGGUUGUCUGCUGCAUGGUCAUGUUUGCAGCGUAGUUGUGGUGGAGGAUGUAACAGCGGAGGAAGUGCUGGAAUACAUAUUGGUGCUGAUAUUGCUAGAAUACGUCAUCCAAUAACAACAACAACAACAACAGCUGCUCCACCUACUCAAUCUGUUCGUACAAGUGUUUCUGGAAGUCAAUCUAGUGGAGGUUAUCAAUCACAGUCAAACGUUCCUACUGCACCUACCCAUACUUCUUCGUCGGUUAAUGUUGAUAAUGAUCAGGCUUCUGUACCUCAAUGGCGAAGUUCUCGGUCACCAGUAAGAUCGUUAUCAAAUGAGAAUAGAAAAAUACUGAGGUCAAACACAGAUGACUAUGGUGGAAGUGAAAAUGUCUUCAUGAGCAGUUCAUCAUUAUCCGGGGCAAGGUCUUCUUCACGUUGGAGAACUGCAACCGGUCAUCAUCCAUCAGGCAGUGCAUCAAUAGAAUUGAAACCAAUCAAUACCAGACAUCUGUUGGCACCUGGGAUAAGUACUCGUGGUGCUAGACUUGAUGGCACUGGUGGUCAUGCAAAUAGCGAUACAUUUAUUUUCAAGUCAUCAAGAUCGAGCUUACCAACUGAUGAACCUCGUGCUGGACGAUCUAUCUUAACUACAGUUAGUGGGAGUGGUAGAAGGAUGCACAAGAGUGUGAGUGGGAUUACAGCAGCAUCCUCCUCUUCCUCCAGCAUGAGUAGAGGAGAUUCUAUCACUGUGAUUGGCGGACAGUUGGCCCCACCUAAGGCUGUUCGCAAAGGUUCUGGUGAUUCGGUUGUGAAUACAAAUGUUAAACAAUCUUCACGACCAAAACGCACAAAGAAAAAUACAAAAGACAUUGGAAAGGAGAAAGAUAAAAACGAUCAAGUCAAUAUAAAUGAACCGGAAAAAGAAAUGGUUAUGAUCACAGAUCCAAGCAGAGUAUUUGAAACUCUUGAAGUACGUCGACAGGUUGAUUACGUUAAAUGGCCAAAUGAAGAAUGGAGAAAAUAUGGCGGAAGAAGUAAAUGGGGAGAUUGGAGACCGAAGAAAGGUAUGGUUGGGGAAGUUGUCUUCAGAUGGUAUCCAAGUCACAGGGACGCAUCUCAGCGAUCUCAUGUCGGUGAAGUUAUUGUACUUAUGAAGAUGGAAGAUGCUAAAUUCGACAAGCCCUUCUAUGUUCCUAUCCCUGAAAAGGGUGUGACGGAGCACGAUACUAAAAAUGGUUUGGAAACGACUCAACUUUAAAUGUGACACUGUAUUUAAAUAUGUAAUAUAUUGCUGGUAUUAAUUAUUGAGUUAGUUCGUCUUUUCGUUGCAUUUUACCACGAUUUUUAUAUUUCGUAAUUUUGCCUUUUUUGCUAUAUUCUUUUUUCUUAAUUCUGUUCUAUUGUAUUGUAUUCUUGUGCUUGAGGCAAUUGCAAUAUGCAAGUAAUAUAUUAAAAAAAUGCAAUACAUA